AUGCAUGCAGUCAUCUGCAGGGACUUUAGUGCUCUGUCACUUUCUCUCCUCUUCAGGAAGGAGGGGUCGGUGGAGGGUGCAGCUCAACCCUUUUUGCAGCGCACCAUAUUUGACAAGCGCACAUUUAUUCUAACAAAGAAGCGUAACAGAAACAAAAGACAGAUCUGCUUUCUGUCGGCCGGGUGUCAUUUUAAGAAAAGACUGAAGGAGGUUUCAUCUGUUGCUAAGCGAAUUUUCUCCCCCCCUCCCCCCUCCAGGAUAAAACAUGAGAAUAUCGUGGCUCUGGAGGACAUCUACGAAAGCUCCAAUCACCUGUACCUCAUAAUGCAGCUGGUUUCUGGUGGUGAGUUGUUCGACCGUAUCGUAGAAAAAGGCUUCUACACAGAGAUGGACGCCAGUCGGCUAAUUCGUCAGGUUCUGGAUGCCGUUAACUAUCUCCACUCCAUGGGCAUAGUGCACAGGGACCUGAAGCCGGAGAACCUGCUCUACUUUAGUCCUCAUGACGAUUCAAAGAUCAUGAUCAGUGACUUUGGCCUGUCCAAGAUGGAGGGCACAGGUGGCGUCAUGGCCACGGCCUGCGGGACGCCUGGAUAUGUCGCUCCCGAGGUUCUGGCGCAGAAGCCGUACAGUAAAGCGGUGGACUGCUGGUCCAUCGGGGUCAUCGCUUAUAUACUGCUUUGCGGCUACCCUCCGUUCUAUGACGAGAACGACUCGAAGCUUUUCGAGCAGAUUCUGAAGGCAGAUUAUGAGUUUGACGCACCGUAUUGGGACGACAUCUCAGACUCUGCCAAAGACUUCAUCAGCUGCUUAAUGGAGAAGGACCCCGAGAAGAGAUUCACAUGUGACCAGGCUCUUGAGCACCCCUGGAUUGCUGGAGACACUGCUCUGUGCAAGAACAUACAUGCUUCUGUCAGUCGACAAAUGCGCAAAAACUUCGCCAAAAGCAAAUGGAGGCAAGCGUUCAACGCGACAGCUGUGAUCCGCCACAUGAGGCGUCUGCAGCUCGGCACCAGCUUCGGAAGCAGCAUCCAAAACGCCAAGCCUGCGACGGGUCCUCAGAGCCGAGCGCCGGCCAAGAGCCAGUCUGUGGACUGCGCCCCGCUCUCCCUGAAGGACUGUCCUCCUAUCGCUCCUCUUCCAUCCGUCGUCAAAGUGCACAACCAGGACUCUGACCUUCCCGUGUCCCUGGAGGAGCCCCAGGUGGUGGCCGAACCCGCCCGGCCGCGCCCCUCCACCGUCACGGUCAUCCACACUGGGACUAAAUGACGCCAGGUUCCGCGGGAGGUGAGCUGGGAGACCACCGAGCUUUGAGACCCCGGUUGAGGGGGUCUCACGUUGCGACAUGGUUGCCCAGUUUUUCCAUCCCGCUGCCUCCCGUCUGCUAACGCCAAACCCCGAGGGAGGAAAUUUGAGGAGCCCUGGCUCGGCCUCGUUUCGCACGGCGCUGCUUCCCCUUUACGUCUUCACACAGACAUGGAAGUUCAGAUGAAGGAGGGGGGAAAGGGAAGACUCACCUGAAAGCUGCUGCUGCUGUGGAGACGACGGCUUGUCUGGCAGGCGAACAAACAAGCGACUGCUGACGGAGCAACGGGACUAAAGGGAACUCUCUGCUGGAGCUUGACUGUAAAAAGUCGUUCCGCUGUAUGCCUUGUUUAAAUAUCCUGCCUGGAACCGUUCUGUAGAGUCAUGUCAUGCAGGUGAAACAUAUAAAGCUUCAAGCUGUGGUUAAUACUUGUGCCAUCAUCUGCACUCUAAACCUGCUGUUGUUCAGGCGGCUCCCGUCCAAUCCGCUGUGGUGUUUUUGCUGUGACGACUCACGGCGUCAUGACUUCCAUCAGUAUGGCUGUCAGUGUUGUGUCUUUGCUUUAUUUUAUUUUAUUAUUUUUAAGUUAACAAUCCAAGCAGGACAAUCCGCAUCGGUCAUGGCUGUGAUUCCAGAGAGAGAGAGUGCAAACGAUUGCUUAUCUAUUGGGAAUAUUUAUUUUCCUAGAUUACAUAUAAUGACUUUUUGUAAGAAUAUAAUUUGCUGAGACGUGUAAAUGUUUAUUAAAACUGGACUUGCAGUUAUUGCCACAUAAAUACAGUAUCUACUAGAUGUGACUUUGUAAUUGCUGUUUUAUUUAAUGAGUUUCGAUGUGACUGUAAUGUCCUCCUUCAUCCACAGGAGGGCGCUCUAUGAGUUCUCAGGGAUCUGCAGGGAUGUGUGCUUGAAUCUAACCAAACGCCUCUGUGUGAUCAAUCACAACUGACUCAUCCGACUUAAUGAAAUAUUUUUAUUCUUUUUAAAGAAAGAAAAACACCUAAAAACAGCUUUUUAUCCCCUUGUGCCACUGGGAUAUACGUUUACUACCUGACACUGUUUCUUCUCGGUAAACCUCRAACAUGACGGGUUGUGGAGAACGACCAGUGAUGUGACGGUAUUUCUGCUUCAUUUUGCUCCCAUCGCAGUGGUGCAGUUGAGGUAUCGUGCUCUGCUUCCGCUCCUGAAGUGGCUGUUCUGAGAAAAACAGCUCCACUCUGUGUUUAAUCACUGUGCUUUUCAUACCAGCCUGUGGAAUUUAGCUGAAAGACUCCGUCCUCAUCCCCUCCCCUCCUGCUCUGUCGCUCUGUAAAAACUGCCUCUGACAGAGAAGAGAAAGGAGUCCGUCUUUGUAUUUUCUUUGUGCUUUCUCUACUUAACUUUAAUUACUCAACAUGAAUGUGGAAUUUAAAAAAAGAAAAAAAGCAGUCCAGAAAAGUAACAAGUGCAUGGCCAGUGUAUAAGAUUUUGCCACCUUUUAAUAACAAAAGAUGUGGUGAAUAUCAAAGAUUUUGGAAGUAUACUUGCUGUAAAUACAAGAACUCUACAACAU